CAUGAGAAAAGUGAAAAAAUGGUCCGCUGCAACGACGGUUAAAGGCGUAAAUUAGCAUGUCCGCAAGCGGUAGUUUUACUUUCCGGACAACACCUAAUAGUGCCCACGUUACCGGAGGAGGUGCCCGCGGCGAAACUGAGGAUGAGCUCUCCGAGUCACAACACAACAGCCCAUCGUCGCACCAGCUUUCAGGACGAGGAUGAGGAUACGCUGACGGAACUGUCCCGGGAGUCGCCGGGAAGCAGCCAAGGAAGAAGCAGCAUCGGGUCAAUCCCGUGGGCAGAAGACGCUAUCAAACAGAACCAGACGGAAUGGGAACGAAUCGAUCGGAUGUUCUACGGCGAAGAGGAGCUACCGACGGAUCCGCGGCUCCGGGAAGAGAUCCUCGAAUGGACCGGGGUGUUUCCGUAUCUGCGCCUGGCGGGAGAAGGGAUUACCAUCGUCGAGUCGGUGCAUGCAAAGGCGAAUGAUCCGUUUCACGAGGAAGUGUUCGCAAUAGAUCCCCCGCUGGCCAGCCGAACUCGAUCAUCGCGAUCCGGCAAGGACAAGCAGCAGAUUGCGAAAGACCUCGAGUGUGAGCUCAGUUCAUGUGAACUGGACAAGUGUUUGUACAUCAGCUCUGGUCACACAUUCCGCAGCGGUCAGGUCAAAGCUGGUCGUCGCGCAGGGCCCGCGGACUCCGUGCCGGAGUACGUAGAUAAGGGAGAGAAGCCGUUCAGCCGAGUGAAGCCUCUCAACAGUUUGAUGGUACCUCAGGUGCCCAUAAUGCCGAUCGGUACACUGGGGCUGUUAAUCUCAACCCACCCCAUCGGAGCAGGCCAUUAUCAGACGCUAUCCGGCAGCAGGAAUUGCAGUGCACAAUCAGUUUCGUACGUAAGCCACAACAACGCCGACCACGGUGGUCGAAGUAGAAAUGUAAAUCUGCAGAGAAAGCUCGCACCGUUACCACACCGGCCAACGCAGCACCAGCAGUACCCUCAAAAACAGCCGAAAGUUAGCGAACCGACGGUUCUGUCGGCAUCAGCAACACAACAUCGCAUCCCACCGUUGACGAAGAACUACAAAUUUCUCGUGCAAAACAGUCACGUCGCUCCGACGCUGUUGGCCGAGAUUGAGCAGCGGCAUAGUAAGCUGACGGUGGUCAAAUCAGCCACCACUCGCUACAUGGCCUCAUCGCCAACGAAACACAUCUUUUCCCUCCCAUCGCUCGGCGCUGGGAUCGAAUCCUUGGGCCAUCAUCAUCAUCAUCAUCAUCAUCAUCACCACCACCACCGCCUUAACGGUGCUACGGUGCUGGAACGUAGUCCCGACAAGAAGCGUGCCUUCCGGUCGGAAGUGAUCGGUCGAUCGAUAUCGGCAGCCGUGACGCAGAAAGGAAAUCCAAUCUAGCAAUCUACAGUCUAGUAGCCGGUGGCUUUUACUCAGCUCGUACCAGUACGCUUCGAUUUACGCUAGUCUGCGCUAGAAUAGAUAGAGUGGUUCUUCAAUGAAAAAGUCCACCAACAUAGUUGUAAAAGUAUACAUGUAUAUUGUUAAGGAAUAAUCGUAUAAUGAAUAAACUGUCCAUAACA